AUGCUAAAUUCCAAGCAAAGCAAAAUAAGCUUCUUUCAAAAUUCGGGAAAAAUUACCGUGAUCCCCAAUAUUUUUGCUAACGCCACAUGGUCAAAGAAUGGUGUAACUGUUGCUGGAGGCAACGGGAAAGGCAAUGCCACAAAUCAGCUGAAUGAACCUUUUGGUGUCUUCAUUGAUGAUGAUCGAAUAGUGCUCAUUGCUGACUACUUGAAUCAUCGUAUCGUGCAAUGGAAGACAGGCGAUAUGACGAAUGGACACGUCGUUGCUGGUGGCAAAGGACAAGGAAAUCGAUUGGAUCAACUGAAUUGUCCAACUGAUGUAUUGAUCGAGAAAGAGGCGGAUAGUCUGAUUAUUUGUGAUCGAUGGAAUCGAAGAGUUUUACGAUGGUCUCGCCGUAGUGAUACAACGCAACGAGAAAUCUUCAUGGACAACAUCGACUGUUGGGGAUUGGCUAUGGAUGAUCAGAGAUAUCUCUACGUCUCUGACAUCGUAAAACACGAAGUAAAACGAUAUCAUUUGGGUGACAAGGAUAGCACUCUUGUGGUUGGUGGUAAUGGCCAAGGAAAUGAUCUCAAUCAACUCAAGGAGCCGAGAUAUCUCUUUGUCGAUCGGCAGCAGAAUGUCUACGUAUCAGACUGGAGUAAUCAUCGUGUAUUAAAAUGGAAUAAAGAUGCAAAAGAAGGUAUUAUCGUCGCUGGAGGUCAAGGUGUGGGGAAUGCCCUGACACAAUUGAAUCAUCCUAGCGGACUCUUUGUCGAUAUGUUGGGUACAUUCUAUGUAGGAGACGAGGGGAAUCAUCGUAUAGUUCUUUGGACUCAAGGGGCGAAACAAGGCACUGUAAUUGUUGGCGUUAAUGGUGCAGGUCCAGGAGAAAAUCAACUCAGCAACCCUAUUGGUUUGUCUUUCGAUCGACAGGGCAAUCUCUAUGUUGCCGAUUAUGGAAAUCAUCGUGUUCAAAGAUUUUCUCUCGAAUAG